CUCACAGCCUCUAGCUGGUUUUUACUCAACUCCUGUCCUGAUAUCACUCCGCUGGCAUGGUGGAGAAGCGGACCUGAUUAUUGUGAUGGUGGCAGGCGGCAGCCAGUGACUACAGACUUCCGCCACUGCUUCCCAUAUCCGCGUUUUGUGCCGUCUGGGCAACUCUAGUUGCCUCACAACCGGACAACCGAGGGCGCUUGUGCUCUUUUCCCUAAUUCAACAACAUCUUCACCGGGAUUUCUUUCAAACCAAAACCAUAUGAGAUGCAAGUUCACUGGGAAACUCCGGAGCCCGUUCGGUUCAGGCAGCAAAACUUUUUCUCAAAGGACGACACCGUAAAACGGCGAGUGGACUGUUGCUGCUGCAGCUGCCACUGCUGCUCCUCAGUGGGACGGUUUGUGUGUAUAUGACCGUAGAGUUAAUGCUAACGUUCAUACCUAUACGGUAUUGUUUUUUUCAGCGGGGUUGUCCGAAGCGUGGCAGUGGCUUUAUUGUUUAAUUCAGUUUGGGGCUUGCUCGGUCUUACUCUAGGCUGGGUGUUAUUUGUGUUUUCGGGAGCGGUUUGUUUGAAAACAGUGCCGAGAAGGAAAGAAGAAACGUUCACUUGCGACCCCUCAACCAUAUGACUACUAGGCUCGAAGCCCUUUAAACAUCCCCGGUUGUUGUUCUCUUCCGCGGCUGUUUUUGGUCGUACCUUCCGUCCGCUGUCCGGCUGUUUGGGACCCUUCGCCGGGGAGGACAGAGAAGAAGAGGACACUAGGGGGUGGAGGUGGAGGUGACCGGGGGAGGAGGUGGCGGUGGUGGCGGUGAGCUUGACGGGGAGAAAAGUUCUUCCAAAAUAGCAGCCACUCGGCCUAGUGAUGGGGGACUUCGCCUCCCCCGCUGCCGGACCCAACGGCAGUAUUUGCAUCAACAACAGCAUGAACCCGGCCGCCGGGAGCGUGGUGGCCGCCGGGGCGGUGGGCAUACCUAAGCACAGCACGGUCGUGGAGAGGCUGAGGCAGCGGAUAGAGGGCUGCCGGAGACACCACGUAAACUGCGAGAACAGGUACCAGCAAGCGCACGCCGAGCAGCUGGAGAUAGAGCGGAGGGAGACGGUCAGCCUGUACCAGCGGAGUCUGGAGCAGAGGGCCAAGAAGUCGUCCGGUGGCAGCAGCAAGCAGCCGCAGAGCAAGCAACCGGACCCGGACUCUGCCUCCUCCACGGAACAGAGGAAUAACACGCUUAUAGCGCUCCAGGAGACUGUAAAGAGGAAACUAGACAGUGCACGGUCGCCCCUCAAUGGAGAACAGAACGGCAUCUGCGAUGGAGGAAGCUACUCGCCGACUCCCAAACGGGUACGGAAGGAGGGCUCCAGUGGUUUGGACUCACUGACGGGUCUCCCUAACAACAACAAUAACAACAAUGUCCCACCCAUCUCUCCACUGCAUCACCAAAUGGACAUUAAGCCCUUGCUUGGUGGGCCCAACACUUCCACCGGAAAAAACACUGCAAACAGCAAUGGCAACCAUGUAGGCCAGGCGUCGGACGAGCUGGGGAAGAACGGUGGCAACCAUCUCCAGGACAUGAAGCUGAACGGCUCUCUGGACCUGGAGGACAGCUUUGGCCUCCUCAAAGACCUGAAACAGGAGCCGCUGGAUGACGGGGGCGGGAUGGAGUCCUCCGAUCCCCAGUCUCUGUCCAAUCAGAACAAACUGUUUUCUGACAUCAACCUCAACGACCAAGAGUGGCAGGAGCUGAUCGACGAGCUGGCCAACACUGUGCCAGAGGACGACAUGCACGACCUCUUCAAUGAGGACUUUGAGGACAAGAAAGAGGCAGAGUUUGGCCGGCCGGGAAACAAUCAGACACCAGGCCCGCAAGAAGCAGCCGGCAACACAACAGCAGCAUCCCUGCCUCCUCCUCCUCAGCCUCCACAGGGAGGCCCACAGGUUCCCAUGGGCUCUCCGCAGGUCCGACCGUCUUCGUCAGGCCCUCAGUUUGCCACCACUGCCAAUGGAACGCCUCCUCAGCAACCUUUGCAGCAGUCUCCAGCCGUUGCCAUGGCAUCGGGUUCCCCGUUGCACAACUGUGUGGCUCGCUCCCCUCAGACCCCAACCCAGGCUCAGACGCAAGCAGUCUCUAGGCCUGGGAAUGGAUACAUGAUGAACCCAGGCCCUGGGGUCAGUCAGGCGGGCACGGGACCCGGAGCGGCUGGAGUCGCCCCUGGAGGCCAGCCUGUAGGGCCAGUAACGCCGGAACUUUCUCCAGCAGAGCAGCUCAAAGCAAUGGCUCAGCAACGGGCUAAACUGCUGCAGCAAAAGCAGCAGCAACAAGCAGCCAACUGGUCCCCUGCAGGGGCUCCAGCCAGUCCUUAUAACUCUGGUCCCUUUAACCAAGACAAACCCAACAGCCCCAUGAUGUACCCACCGCAAGCCUUUAACACACCACAGGGCCCUCUGGUGACUGGGAUGGCCACCAACAAUGGGCCCAAAGCUCCCAUGAACAACUACCUCCCUCACAACCACAUGGGCAUGAUGGGCCAGCAACAGCCAAACAACAUCAACCAGAACACCCUGUCCAAACAGCAGCAGCAACAGCAGCAGCAAACGGCGGCCAUGUUGUCCUACAACAACACCAAACCGUUGAGUCACUUCAGUGGCAGCGGGGUCGAUCACCUAGGCCAGAGGAUGACUCCUCCCAUGGGAGGGAACAAUCAGGUCAAGAACCCCAUGAUGCCUCCCUACAUGGGGGGCGCGGGAGGUGGUGGCCAGGGGGCGGGGCCAGGGCAAACCCAGGGGCCGAUCCCGGGACAGACAGCCCACCUGAGUGAGGAGCAGAAGAGGAUGUUGCUGAUGAAGCAGAAAGUGUUGAACCAGAACAUGCCCUACAGCGCCAUGCAGCCUCACGGACAGGAACAAGGUGUGGUGGGAAUGUCACGCCCACCGGGCGCCAUCCCGCCUCCUCACCCUGCUGGGGGUGUGGCCUCAGGGGUGGGGCCCAACCAAGGGUCAGGACCACCUCCGGGUUACGUGGGCAACCAGCAGCAGGCGGCCAUGAUGAAACAAAUGAUAGCGAUGGAGCAGGAGAAGAGGGUGCAGAUGCACAUGAUGGAGCAGCAGAAACAGCAGCUCUUCAGAGAGCAGAGACAGCAGCAGCAGCAGCAGCUUCUAGCCGAGCAGCUCCAACAGCAGCAGCAUCUCCCCAGACAGCUGGGCCAAGGCCAGAGGAAUCCAUACCCCCAAGUCAAUCAGUACCAAGGCCCUCCUCAGGACUUGGCAUCCAGAAGCCAGGCUCUCCAGAACAUCCGGGCCGCCCGUCUACUACAACAGCAGCAGCAGAACCAGCAGCAGAUGGUCCAAAUGGGUUCUGUACAGGGACAAGGGGGCUCCGUGGGACCCCAGACUGACAUGGGCUUACCCUAUGGAAACCAGGGGUCCAACCAGGGUUCCCUGUAUGGCCUCAACCCCUCCAUGAGCCAAAUGAUCCACCAGCAGCAGCACCAGAGCCAAAGUGUCCAAGCCUCCAUGGGUCUUCCACCGCAGCACAACCCUGCCGGAGGGCCGCCCCGGCAGGCAGGUGCAGGUCCUGGGGUCGGAGGUAUGCCCGGAGGCCCCGGAGGUGCUGGAGCUGGAGGGUAUGGCGGACAGGGGAUGCUAAUGAACUCCAUGAGCCAGCAACCCCUCAAAGGCCCUCCCAAAGCCCAAGCACAGAGACUACAAAGCAUGUUGGGAGCAGGAGGAGGAGGCGGGGGAAUGGUGGCGGGUGGCUGGCCGCAGCAGCAAGGACAAAAUCUGCAGGCCAUGGGGGGAGGAGUCGGAAGGACUACAGGAGGCGGGGGAGGAGACAUGGUGGGGUUCAGUUCCAGCCAGGGUUAUGGGAUGCAGCCGGGUCAACCCUCGCGCAUGGCAAAGCAACACUUUCAGGGUCCGGGCCAGGGGAUGAGCCAGGGAAUGGACCCCAGAGUGGGCAACCCAGCAGCCGGUAUGGGCAGCCCAAUGAUGGGCCCUCACAUGGGCACUCAGCCCAGGACCAACCAGCCCCGACCCAUGGUCAUAAACCAGGGGAUGAACCAGGGGGUGAUGGGUCAGGGGAUGACUGGAAUGGGGGGGUUUGGGCCGGGCCCUGGGGGUCCUGGAAUAGGGGCAGGGGGGGGAGGAGGUGGACCCUAUGGACCAGGGGGAGUCGGGGUUGGAGGUCAGCCACCGGGCUACCAGAGGACAGCCAAUCAGGACAUGUCAUCCUAUGGAUAUGGGGGCGGGCCCUCAGGGGGAGGAGCCUUCGGAAUGGGCGAUGGCUCAGGGGCAGAGCUGGACUCAAGUGAUGGUUGGAUGGAGGAGUUUUUCCCAAACCAAUAGCCAAGGGGGAACUGGAGAUGAGUUUUUACUGGAUGAACUAAACAUUAAAGUAGGACAAAUGUUAAAACCUGAGAAAGUAAAACAAAAAAGGAUGAGAUGAUGUGGACUGGCAUGUUUUUGUUUUGUAAAACAUGAGCAAAGUUAUAAAUUAGUUCCUGUGUUAUGUUUUGUGUGUGUGUGUGUGUGUGUGUGUGUGUGUGUGUGUGUGUGUGUCUUUGUCUGUGUCUGUGUGAGAGAUGGAGAGAGCGAUCAUUUUUGUCUCGUGCAUAUUAAUGAAAAACCAAUAUAGAGAUUAAGAGGUGUGUUUCAUUAGUUUCCCUCUUUCUCCAUUGAAGGAAUUUUUCUCAAGUUCCAGUGUUUGAAAGCCAGCUCCGUUUACACAACAGCGCUUUGAGGCCGAGCUUCAGCAGGGGCUGACUGUACACCGCAGACUGAUGAAGGGGAAGGAAGAUUUGUUCUAAGACAGCAAAUUAUUUGUGUUUGUGCCACCCAGCUCAGUGCUUUAGAUCUCUCAACUGUGUGAGGAGCUGAAGGGAGUAGAAAGCCCUCUCAGCGCUCCCAUUUCCUCUCUUAGAUUUGUGCCCCCCAUAUAUCCACACACACACACAAACACACAAAUUCAAAUCUGUUGCCUUCGCACUCUCUGACUUUGUUCUCUCCACUUGAUCUCUCUCUCUCUCUCUCUCUCUCUCACACUCUCAGUGCUCCUUUCUCUGUUUGAAUUGUGAACAUCACAACAGAACAAAUAAUGUCUCUCUAUUGUGCCACACAAGCGCACUCUGCCCUCUAGUGCUUUUGCUAGGCAACGGACCUGAGUCGCAGGUUUUUUUGGCGGGGGGGGGGCUUCAUUUGGCGUGGCUGUUAAUGACAGGUAUGCAUGCAGAGUGGAAAAAGAUGAGAAAGAGGGAGAGAAUAGGCAGCUAAAGGAAGCACUUGGACUUAAAGGCUCAAACACACACACACACACACACACACACACACACACACACACACAGCAUCAGCUGGGAAGAUGAGCGGAUGUGUGAGAGGCAGCUAACGGAGUUAAUUCCAUUAAACCCUCUGCCUGUGUGACACAAACCACACGGUGUACAUCAGGCCGACACGAGGCAUAACGAUCACUGGGCACUGAAUGUAUUCAAGCACCACAAGUGACUUCUACUUUUUAAGAAAGAAACAAAAGCUCAUUGAAAGCCCACCCUCAUGUUUUGUUCGUUGCUGUGUUUAAUCUCUAACAAUGAUGCUGGUUGUAUCUUUGUCGAUUUA